AUGACAAUAAAUGAAAGCACUGCUACCCAUCAUUGUCCAAGCUGUUUGGGAACAAAUUAUCUUCGAAUAACUAGUCUGAUGUGUUCUAACAAUGUACAGAUACCAGUACAAAAUCAGAAUCCUCAAAACCAAAACGUUGCCAACAUUGCCCGACUUCAAAAUAUCUCUGAGCCAGAAAUUGAUAGCAGAGGGAAUAUUGAUGUUGUCUGUAGAUUUUGUGCAGCAUUGAUGUGGUUGAAAGAGAAGGACACUGAUUGGUCUAUCCACAGAUCGAAAUUUAACAUUUGCAGUGGCAAGAGAAAAUAUGUUCUUCUUCCUCUUGAGCCAACAUCACCUGGAAUUUCUGAGCUUCUAAAUUACAGGACAUUGGAUGGAAAAUAUUUUCUCAGUAAAGUCAGAGGCUACAACAGCAUCUUAAACUUCACAUUGCUGAGAGCUAAAAUUGACAACUCUGUGGCAAAUAACCAAGGUGGUGCGUACUGCUUCAGAAUACAUGGCACUAUAUGUCACAGAAUUGGGUCUAUUCGUCCAUCAAGAGCCCAAGAUAUUGAUCACGUUCAACUUACUCAAGUAUACAUAUAUGAUCUAGCAUCAUCAAUGCAUCAAGUAUCACAGGAGAAUGGACAUGUAAAAGAUGUUGCUAUAUGCUUGGUUGCUGAAGGUCCCCAAGAUCAAAGAAGAUAUAAUGCACCAACUGCUGAUGAGGUUGCUAUUCUAAUUAUAAAUAAUGAAAGAGGUUCUUCUAGAGACAUCAUACUGCACACACAAACCAACCAGCUACAAAAAUUAAAUGAGUAUCAUAAAUCGUAUGAUGCUCUUCAUUAUGUUUUGCUCUUCUAUUCUGGUGAGAAUGGAUAG